AAUAUUCUUGGGCUCGUACUUCCUAGUUGACCUCAUCAUAUGGACACGGGGAACACUCGUACUCCCAAUAUUGUUGGUUUUGUUACAUUUCUUACCAGACAUGGCUGAAGAAACGGCCGAUUUGGAUGUUUCUGACCUGGAGCCUCUAGAACCAUCUCUCAAAAACAUCGUUGAUCAGACUACACUAAAAUGGGUGUUCGUAGGAGGAAAAGGUGGAGUUGGGAAAACCACGUCUAGCUGUAGUUUGGCCGUGCAACUCUCUAGAACCCGAGAGUCGGUCCUUAUCAUCUCUACGGAUCCAGCACACAAUAUUUCUGAUGCCUUUGACCAGAAAUUCUCAAAGGUUCCAAUGAAAGUCAAAGGAUUUGAAAAUUUAUAUGCAAUGGAAAUAGACCCAAACAUAGGUUAUGGAGAACUUCCAGAUGAGUACUUUGAGGGGGCAACAGACGCCAUGCGCAUGGGCCGGGAUAUUAUGCAAGAAGUUCUUGGAGCCUUCCCAGGUAUUGAUGAAGCCAUGAGCUAUGCUGAAGUAAUGAAGCUGGUACAGGGCAUGAACUUUAGUGUAGUGGUGUUCGACACAGCUCCAACUGGCCACACACUCCGUCUACUCUCAUUUCCUCAAGUAAUUGAAAAGUCCCUAGGCAAGCUUUUAAGACUCAAGAACCAGAUCAGUCCUUUUGUGAAUCAAGUAGCUGGGCUUCUUGGAAUGCAAGAGUUUAAUGCUGAUGAAGUAUCGGGUAAGCUGGAGAGCAUCUUGCCGGUUAUACAAAAAGUCAACGAGCAGUUCAAAAACCCAGACCAAACAACAUUUGUAUGUGUGUGUAUUGCUGAGUUUUUGUCGCUAUAUGAGACGAGCCUGGUUCAGGAGCUUACUAGAUAUGGCAUUGAUACACAUAAUAUAGUGGUCAACCAACUCCUGUUUCAAAAACCGGGUGACCAGCCAUGUUCCAUGUGCUCUGCUCGAUGUCGUAUUCAGGCCAAAUAUCUAGACCAGAUCUCUGAUUUGUAUGAAGAUUUCCAUGUGAUCAAACUGCCACUCCUUGAACAUGAGGUCCGUGGUGUGGAACAAGUUAAAGAUUUCUCAGAAAAUCUCAUAAACCCUUAUACACCAUAAACAUUACAAUAUGUAAAAUUGUGGGACAUCAGAAUUAUCGUUGCCUUGCUCUUUUUCAUGGAGUCGUUAUUGAUAUAAAUUGUGUAGGUUUUUAUGAGAUUUUCAAUUGUCAUAUUUUUUGUAGAAAUUUAAUUUUUAAUGUCUCAUAAUAACACAAUUACAUGAAUGAUGGUUACACUAACAAAUAUACAUGCCAAAUAAAAGUUUGUGUGUAUUUGAGAUAAGCUGUCUAAAAUCUUGAGAUGCCAAUAUGUUUGUGACUAGUAAGAGAGGAAAAAAUUGUUUUACUUGUACAGUAUGCAUAACCUUUGUUUACAGGAUACUGUAGUAAGCAUUGUCAUUUGUUAUGCUGAUGUUGAAAUUCAUAUGUAAGCUGACUUGAGGCAUGUCAUCAGCAUGGAUUGAAAAUAGUUUUCCAUUGCUGAACAGAUGUCUCCCACAUUAAUAACCACUGCCUUACAUUGAGAGGGACACAAUAAUUAUGUAAGUAGUACACUGGUUAAACAACUCAGGCUAUUGGCUGUAAUGCAGACUAAUGGCAAUGUUGAUAUUGUUAUUGAGCAUUGUUGUGGCUUUUCUGCAUCCUAGGUCAUCCAUAUGCUAUACAAGGUGCUACCUAGAAUGGUGGAAGCAAUACAUUUUAUUAUAAUUUAAAUUAAUUGAUUACUUUAUAUUGGUUUGACUUAUGGGACCUAAAAACCAAGAUUUCAUUUACUUGUGUACAACAAUUUAUACUUGAUAUAGCUUAUUUUAUUGGCAAUUACCAAAAUUUUUAUUUGUAAUACAGUAUGAAUUAAUGGAUUUUUAUACAGUAUUGUAAUAACUACUGUAUAUGCAAGAAGGUUGGCACUACAGGUACUGUAUAUCUGAUGUGCUUAAGUGUAAAGUUGGAGACUAUUUUGAGAAUAAUUUAAAUUUUUUUGUUACAGCAUAUUCAUAUUCUGAGUUUAAAUAAAUCUGAUUCUUUGUUUUUUCUUAUUUGUGUUUCUUAUUCUUUCACUAGUUACUAAUUAAUUGCUCAGUAACUUCAGUAGGUCUUCCUAUGGGUACUUUACACCAGGCACUGAUUAUAUUAGUAUAAUCCAAUCAUGUUAAUGCUCCAGUCUCUACAACAUAAAUAAACCUAUUAUGCUACACACCUUCAAAAUAAAAAAGUAAAUUGUAUCAUAUACUGUACUGUAUAACUUUAAAUUGAAGCCCUACAACGGUUGGUGAUUUUUUUUAGAAUACUGUACUGUAAGUAUUUAAUUGAUGCACAUAUCUGUUAAACAUUGGCAAAAGAAAAGUAACAGCAAGAGUAGCAUAACCCUUCAGAGUUAUCAUCAUUCCUUGGAACUGAGGGUUUAACAUGGUUGCACAGUGUGUAUGAAAUCUUCAACCUAUAACCUAAAUGAGAUAAGAUUUUUAAUAUCCUGCCAUUUUGUACCACAAAAACAAUACAUUUUAAUAUAUUAUUCAGAAGAGCAGUUGAUCAAUUAUAAUCUAUCUUAGUUUGACUAGGUUCUAUAUUUGUGGUCAAGUGUGCAUUUAUGGAGUUUGUCAUAUAUGCAAAAAUAUUUUGGUCAACAAACUUGACCUAUGAAAUAUGUAAUAUGGUAAAUAAAUGUUUUCAUUGAUUAAA